AUGUUGUACUUAACUGGCGCACGUGUACCCGACGGUCUAGUCAUUGGUCUGGCGUUACGCUUGCAGCUGAUACUUCUGCGCGUACGUGUGUGAAAAUGCCUCCGAGGCUAGGGGCCUGGCUGAGCGCUGUCUGAACUUGUCAAUCUCCCUCUAACUCGCCCGAGAUGGCGCGCAAAUAUCCUGCUGUCAGUCACACUGGAGAAUUGCUGCGCUUCCUACACCAUAUUAAGUCUACGACUCUUGUCCAUUUAUUAGCUCUACAACCCCUAGUUCUCUCUUCAAGGUUUCCGGGAGACCCCCACUUUCUAGUUUGCAUAUGCUAACAAAUACGAAAAAGCCAAACCAUAGACCUUGGUUUUCAGAGCAGUCCCACACCUUAACUCCAAAAUAAUGAAUACAAGCGUAAUUCCGAUUUUAAUAUAUUAGAUGCAAGACUGCUGAAGCAAAAAAUGACUUUCCCGUUCUAUCAUGCUAUCCUCUUUACCGCUUAUUGGAAUUAAAUAGGCUUUCUUAGUCCUUUUCGCAGUCCAAACUAUUCUGUCUAAAUAUCUACUCAUUUUAUGGUCUUUUGUCAACGUCCCGCACUUGUUUGUUGCUGCGUAUCAUUUUACGCCUGCCUUCGAAUUCAUUUAUAUAGCUUAAUAUGGAAUAUAAUUAAAAACAUUCCCUGUGGAUGCAUGUGCUUUCCCUCUCUUCCGUCUUGCAAAUUUCCUGACCGCAUUAAACUUCUUAACCGAGAGGCCUGAUGCCGAAAAAAACGUCGUAACUGUUUCCCUUGACUUCAAUAUCACUUCCAGUGUAGCAAAUUGUGGCGCAAACCUGUAGUCAUUUGUAAGACGUUGCUGCCAAGUUGCCGGUUACGUUUAUUCCAAAGUUGCUGCUGCAUCACCGUCCUGGGGCCGUGCCUAAGUGAAGUUCCUCAUGCCAAUUAGGCAGCACACCCAGUUUCAUGGUGCGUUACAGGUACGCUCGCAUCGCCACGGCUUACUUACUGGAUGAGGGCUACUGUCUGGGUUAAUCAGAGUGCCCACUGCUACGCAGUUCUGAUUUGCCCUUGCGGCGACCAAAAAGUAGCUCGGUUAUACUAUCGGGGCUAAUCGAGUUGUGUAGUUACGUCACUUGAUCAAAUAAGACUUUUAUUGAUAACAUGGUUUCAAAAAGACUUGUCCCUAUACACUUUACACUUUGUGCUCUGUCUGCAUUUUCCUGCCCACAAUGACUGUCCUUCAGGGAUCCGCUGUAGACUGCCCUUGGGUUAUCACUUUUAUUCGUCCGGUUAGGUGUGAUGCGGCCACGCACACAUAGUUUAAGUUUCCUUAUGGUUUAGCAAGUCUGCUCAAAACGUAUACUUUUGAGUAACUGGACUCCUUAGAAAUGCGUAUACAAAAGCUUACGAAAGCGAGGAUUUUCGGCAGCCCGAUUGCCUCGUUCAUGAUACCGAGAUUUUCAGGAAAUUUAAUUACGCUGUUACUUGAUCAGUUGAUUUGCUUUUCUCAUGGCACCCAAAAAGCGUUUGGCACGCGUUGUGUUCCCCGUCAUCAACUCUUAAUGACAUCAUUCUGACGUAAAGCUUAACUCGCAUAAAUAAUAAUAUGGUGGGUCUUUGCUCACCAUUGCGUAGUCCUUAACUUUAAACAUUUUGCCAAUAUUAGCCCCAAAGCAACUUAGAGGUUGAGGUUAAUGAAUAUUCGAGAUCUACUUGAUACGGUGCCAUCACCUUAGGCUGGUAUGUAGUCAUUUAAGUCUCGUAGGAAGAAAACUUGUAAGUUAGAUUGGUUUUUUACCUUCAAUUUUCCUGCUUAUAAUUCCGGGCUCGUUUGAUGAUUUGAAUUCAUUUGGAAGUAAUAUGCAGGGAAUUUUUGACUCGCUUACUGUAGACCAUUUGUAGGACUCUUAAGUUUCCAGAAUAAUGGCGUACUGUCUCUACAUUGUAUUGGGUCCAAAACCAAUCACCGAGAGCUGCUUACCAAACAAGGAUGAUCAAAUGCAGCUUGUGGAGAAUCAGGCAGUAAAACAGGGUUGCCAUUAUGAAUUUGCCUUGUUUACGGGCGGAAAAACUCAAAUUAGGAAGGCCUGUAUUUUGCUGCGUCAAUGCAGUUUCUAUACUGGUUAACUCCUGCAAGGUGCGCAAAAUACGUAACGGUGAUACUCGAAAUAGUGCUCGUGACCGUACUGACUGCAUUAGAAAGCUCUGUGACCGGUGCACCGACGUCUCCGCCCGAAGGCGGGAAACUAGAUUUUUUGCAGUGUUUCCCCUAGCUGGCAAAAUCACGAUGGAGACGAGCAUUGACUAGGCAUAUGAAGCACGUGGGUAAAGCUUGCGUAAAACGAGGCGAGCAGAGGGCCGUGUCAGGAAGUCGUGCAUAAUGUAGUCCUGGAAAUCUCCCAGGUAAAUUAAAAGUCCUUCCGAGCUCGAGAAUCAGCUUAUAAGGAUUGUACCCACGCCGCUCAUUUGAGAUUAUUCAUUAUUCCAAGAGUUCAAAAAAUGAUCGACACGCGGGCUGACUUUAUUUGCUAACACUGAUGGUUUCUUUGUGAGCAUGUACCUCCACUUUAUAAGUACAGAUUUUGUUCCUCUGUCAUUAGUAUUUCCUGUAAAUGUUUUUAUUUUUUAGGAAGAAGUGACUGCCAAUGAGGAUGGCUCACCCAUAGGUUGCAAGGUAAUCUUUAGUGUUUACGUGACAUAGUUGUAUUGGCUUUAGGUUACCGACUCAUUCCGGGUAAAUCGACUUGUAAAGUUUAAUUGAGCCUACAGUAGGUGGGCUGACUCAUGAAAUGUCAACCGAAAUUCCGAAAUGCGUUUUCGUUACGAAAAGAUUUACUAAGUAGUGUUGCAGAGCUAAUAACUCUGCAGCAUAAUUCUAUAAUUAUUCAGUUACCUGGGGAUGCCGGCUUCCUAAUGAACUUCUUUUCGGCUGCAUGCAGAAACUAUACUCUGUAAAAAUUGACUACUUAAUUAGCAUACAUUUUUCUCAUUGAUUUUCGAUGCCCUUAAAAUUCUGUUAUAUUUCAUAUAAAACAUCAUGCUUUUACUCAUUCGGUAACCAAUUUUGUCCUUCUUCAAUUCGGUACCCGAAAAAAGGUUAUAAUACGGUUUUGCGAAAUUUCCUAGUUGUGAGGUUUUUUAAUACCGUGAAAUGGCCGUUCAUAAGACGUCAUGUCUCUGCAUUUACCAACGUGGCUUGUAAAAUCAACAAUAUGGCUCAAAUCUACUGCCACAUUUUAUGAACACCAUAUGGUCUCCACUUAAUGCCGUGGAGAAAUGUAUAGUUCUUCGUACGCGAAAAGUGUACGGCCUGUAGUUUGGAACCCUGAAUGCAAGUGUAACGGCAGGUCUGGUUCAAAAUUAUUCCGACAUUGAAAAAGUUUUUUGAAAAUCCAAUUAUACCCUUUCUUCGAGUAGAAAAGUGAAGGAAAACGUAAUUUUCUGCCGAAUGAGUAAAAUAAUAAAUAUUUGUAUGCCUGCUUCCCUGAAAUAUAACUGAACUUUUCAGGACAUCGAAAAUCAAUAGGAAAAUUGCAUGUUAUUUAAGUAGUCAUUUUUUCCAGAGUUUAUUUUUUUUGCAGCCGGAAAGAAGUUCGUUCGAAAGUGGGCAUCCAGAGGUAACAGAAUUACUGUAGAAUUGUUCUUCAUCAUGAUUAGUUUUACUUAAUUAGUUUUAAUUAAUCUUUUCGAGGCGAAAACUCAUUUCGGAAUUUCGGUUGACGCUUCCUGAAUUAGUCCGCCUACUAUACAUGAGGUUGACUUGAUUGAAUAGUGUCAAUGCCGUCUAAUUUUUCCCCAACAGGAAUCCGGAUUCAGUGCAUGCGAAGGAGCAGGCAGCAGUGACGGGUGUCAACCUCCACCGUCUCCAACGUCGUGCUGUUUGGCAACUAAGACUACCGAAAGAAUGCUGCCGGUCCCCUCAAGCAUGUCUGUGGGAGAAUUAAAUGAAGACGGCAGCUUGUCUAUUUCCGCCAUGACAAUGGGCGUUGGGACGGUUAUAAAGGACAAUAUUUCAGGUUUGUCUCUGCUCUUUAUACACUAUCUCUUUUUGAUAGCCAAUUGCAUUGUGAAGCCCGAGGCAGAUGAACCUACUUACGAGGGACCCGUGGGCGAUUCCGAGGAAGACCGUCGUUUAUGUGAGUUUUGCGUUUUUGCUCUCCCAGCUUUAACUUUCCACUUUUGCCGAAUCUAAACGACAGCCAUACCCAGUUACUUGGCAUCAUUAGACUCAGAUAACGCCUAGGCUCAGCGUUCGGUGUCACAUGUUUUGCCGCCCGUUAUAACCACAACCGCAGCAGAGAUAGGCAGGUCGGCAUAGACUGCUACAUUUUAAUCCGAUAUCGGUAGGUUGGGGUGCCGUAGUUUCAGAAGUUGGGAUAUUUUCCGCAGUACUCACAGGAUUUAUCGGAAGGUACAGGUUACUUGUUCGAAGGUGUCCAACCACGACUAUCCGGGGCCCGAAAUAUGCGGGCAGUUACAGGAAGGCUAUGGGGAGGGGGGUUCGAAUCGUCAACUGGUUCUCCGGCGAUCGCAGAAAAGAAAGCCAAGGAAGCCGCAUGUCAUAGGGAUCUGCUUUAUGCAGCAUAUUUAUUUCCUUUUAACUGUUGAAGUCUUUUAUGCCCACAUACUUACUGCUUCUAGUAUGUUGGCCUAAAAAUGUAUGACAUGUCUUUUCACUGAUCGAGAGCCGGUGAUGCCUUUUCAAACCUGGUAUGUCGAUUAUUUAAUGUUUGUGAAAACCAGCCACACAAAAAGAAAGCGCACUUUUUACCGUUUUCUUCUUUAGAUCCGAACCAACUCAAAUGUGGGGGCUGUGAUAGUACCUUUGCGGAAAUAGGCUCCCUGAAGAGGCAUGUGGACAUUAUGCACCCAAGUAAGUGUCCACACUCACUCCACCACUGCUUCCCUACUCCAGUAAUUUUCCCGUUUAUGUUACUCUUGAGUGAAUUAGCAAGGCCCGCUCUUUUAUGUGCCUCCUGGCUACCUUAUUCGUCCAGUAGCUGUGCACCAAAGGGACAAAGAGACGAGCUCCUUCAGUGACUUGAUCGGCGAACGUCCAAACUACGGUAUUACAGUGUGUGACCUAACCCAUGAAAGGUGUCGAAAUUUACGAAUGAUUACCAAUCACUCCCAAACCGACACCAAUGCGUGAAUCCAAAAUCUAAGUUAGUGGAUUAUAGAUUUACGGGAAUUAAAAACAUAAAGGGAAUGCUAAGAGUAAUCUUACAUUGUUUAGAAGUACGAAUUUUUUUAAAAAGCGGAAAAUCCCGAAAAUGUCAAAAGUGGUUAGAAUUGUGUAAAAUUUAAUUCUCGAUGUGCAGAAAGCCUAUAUAUGCGAAGCGAUGGGUAAAUAAGACAGCACAACUAGAUUGACCUCUAGAAAUAAUAUUUCGGUAAAGUUUGAACAUAAUUAUCCUUUAAGAGUUGAUGUAAUUUCAGGUAGGGCGGUUUGCCAACAGCUUACAUUUUGAAUAUUGAUUUCAAAACGGUUUUUAAAGGAUUCAUGGUAUUCUUUACUCUUUUGAAUCGAUUGAGAUGCGGUUCAGUAAGGCAAACAGUAUUUUAAUUGAUUUCGCCUAUAGGGACGUCAAAGGAGCAACAGUUUUCACAAGGGCGCAUGUUAUCACGCGGGUCAGUGACUAACAUAUUCGAAUAGAAUUGAUAGAUGUAAUCUUAAACAUGCCAUUUUGUGUAAACAACGAGACCUUUUCUUCCAUAAAGUUAAUUUGUAGUUUUGUCUAUCCUGGAUUACGCUGAUUUUCAGAUCGGCCUUGAAAUAUCGCUGAGUACUUAGUGAUUUUCAUAGUUUCCAAUCGGCUGCUCAUGAAGACAGAUUUUGCACUGUGUUUAUUAAAACCCUAAAAAUAAGAUACUUCUUGGAGGCAUUUGCCGAAGUUGCGAGUGUUUGCACGUUCUUUUUCAUGUAGAACAUCGUAUGGGUCACCUUUGAAGGUUCAGCUGAACACACAACCACGUCGUUGAAUAAAAUGAACGCCUACAAAAAACAUCAGUAGCGAACAUGACUUCGAUUUACUAGAAAGCUAUCUUUAUGAUAAGUUAACUUUUUAAGGAGUGUUUUACUGCAGAAUUCCGUUGACGGAUGUCGGUGAAGCCGAGGAAAAGUUGGACACUUGGCCGUUUUUUUCAUGUUGCUAAAAAUACUGAUAUUUUGCUACUGAAAAUGUAAGAACAUGUCUGUCUCCGUAUAUUGCAUCCAUUUUCGCUAUUUUUGUUCUCUUUUAGGCUGUGCUCUACGAUUAUGAAUGCACGACAGAGUUGCCAUAUAAAUACUGGUUGAUUUAUGAACAUUUUGCUUGACAAAAUUACGUGGACACAUUUUUGUGCAAGAAAAGGGCAUUUUCUUAAGGCGGCUGUACGAGCAAGAAAAAUGCGCAAAACUUAAGUCGUCCGAACAUUGCUUGAUCGGUUUUUGUCAUCAGGUUUCAUGAGAUUCGUCGUGUACUGUAGAUAUUUCCAAUCACAGCCGACAUUACAAUCGGUCCGUGGCUUAAUGGUAGCGCGUUGAGCUUACACGCUCAGUGAUCAAACAUCCCAGGCUUGAACUCCAUGUUUUCCAAACCUGGGACUGGGUGCGGUUGACUGAAGAUUUCAAGUAGGGCGGAAACUGUGAAAGAAAGACGAAGUUACUAUUGCCAUUGACAUGUAUUGCCGAUGAAUGCAGGGUCUGCAGAAAUGUCCGUUUUCACUACUCUGUCAUCGUCUGUUUAUCAUAACGUAGCCCUAAUCAAGAGGAGCAGCAGCAGCAGAGCUUCUCUUUUCAGAAAAAUUUAACUUACUGGGUACUUUCUACUCAAUGUACAUAUUUUGCUGUUUUGGUUUUUUUAGAUCUGCGAGGGUUUACGUGCAAGAUUUGUGGCAGGAUCUUUUCGCAACUCAGAUCUUUGGAGAACCAUGUCGACGCUAUACACAAGAGUAGGUAUCCUCUCACUCAUUAGUUUGCCGUCUCGUUUUUUAAAUGGAUUUAUUUUUGGUGCACACAAUGAGACAUUUUUGAUCCACUGAUUUGCACCUGUUUGCGGUUUUAUCCUCACAAAUCAGCUUUUAUUAUUAGACUACAAAAGUCUUUCGUCCUAAAGAUUUCAGCGUUUUCAUCUUUCAGAGCUGCGGAAGUACACGUGCGAGUUUUGCGGCAAGGCCUUUGCAUGGGAAGGAGGUUUGAAGAAGCACGUAGAUGUUAUUCACAAGAGUACGCCUCUUUUCUCCGUUAUCGAUUUAUACUUCCAGCUAUUUGUUAAGUCCACUCUCAACUUCCUUUUCCCUGAUCCUCUUCACAUUGAUGACAUAGUUGAGGAAGACAUUGCUUAUUUCUUGCGCAUAUCAUGGAAGGUUUAAUUCAUUGUGCAUAUGCCGCUGCUUUAUAUGUUCCAUUUAACACACCUAGAGGUGUUUGGUCGUGCUUUGCCAGCAGUAUUCAUAUUGCACUUUCGGCAAAUGCAUUUUUGGGAGUGCUUGCUGCGCAGACGUUCUGACGGUGGGACUGACUUAUAUGGCCCGUAAACAGGACAUGGGAAUAGGACCGUCCCGCCCAAGUAGUAAAGGUAGAUCUGCACAUAAUUUCGGAAGGGGCGAAAUAUUCCCGUGUCCUAACUCCAACAAUAACCUUAAUAUAAAACCAAAUCGUUGCCCUAGUCUUAACCCUACCCUAAACCUUAGCUCUGAAUUUCCCACUAGCUCCUUACCCUAGCCCUACAUUUGAACCUGACUUACCUCACCGUCAACUUUAAAUAUGCCCUCCAACCUACUCCUUAACCCAACCCCAACCGUAACCCUUAAAGUUAACCUUAAUUUUACUGGAAUUUGAUCGAAAGCCACCUCUAUUGCAGGCGGCUCCUGCCACAUGUCCUGUUCAGGUAGCCAUAUAAUUCAGUCCCACCGUUCUGGAUUGCAGUCGGAGGAUACGAUCUGUGCAUUUCUUUUCCAUGGAGUUGGUCCCCUAUUCAUCUACAUGAAAUAUCUCAUCUGAAGGAGUCAACGUAAGCAAUCGUUCGUUUUUGAUCAUUCGUCAUCGAGCCGGUACAGUACAGCUGAAGGUAACAGGCAACCAGUGUACAGGGGUGGUGAGGGAAUGGGUGGAGGCUGUCUAGACAGGCGGUUUGGAAUUAUGGUUCACUUGGCGGGGGUCAAUUGCGUUGUCCUGGGCAUCAAAAACCAGCGAGAAAAAUUCAUACUGCUUAAGUAGUCAUUUUUUGCAGAAUACAGCUUUACAGACGGCUGGAAAGAAGUUUAUUCAAAAGCCGGCAUCCUGAAGUAACUGAAUUUUCUUAGGAUUAUGUUGCACGCUGAUUAAUACGGCAACCCUGGUCGAGUAAUCUUCUCGAGUCGGAAACGAGUUUCAGAAUGUUGGCUAACAUUUCAUGAGAUAGCAUAUCUGCUGUACACACGCCCAAUUUUGCUUAAAAGAGCAAAUUGAAAAAACUUUUACUCAGAGCUGUCUUUGACCCCUUUGCCAAAUAGUCAAUAUAGACUCUGACGGUUUGGCUGCAUAAAAUAACCAUCUGUCGCCUCGAAUUUAUGUCGACUAACAACUUGUGGUGCGUUCUCCAUAGUAGACAAAAUGUAGUUUUCGGUUUUUAUUAAAAACUAUUUAUUUUGGGGUUGUUGUGGAUCUAACUUGUGCCCGCGGUCAAUGAAGGAGCUGAGGCUGGGUACAUAGAAUCGACUUUCUCAGUCCCGGCAAACUUCAUUCUUGACUUCGUUAGGACGACCCAGAACGUGACGCUCCAUCCAGCUGUCCGCGCCCAACAGUGAAUCACCAACCUCCAGGUCAAUCCGCGCGCAAGUCAGCAAUAGGCUCUAGGCCGAUUUAUGCGUGACCUCCAGAGACCGGCAACGCACGACAGAUCUGCCUAUGGGAGCAGCCGGAGCUCGACCAAUGGGAACACGUUAAUCACACACACUAUAUUUCCUAGCUGGGUUCCACUCAGAUUUGCUUCCGCUUACUUUUCGAAGCUAGUACAGCAACUCGCAUCGGCAGACAGACUCUGGUUUUAACCCAUUGCGGGUUCUCCGGUAGUCGUGACCGACCUUUUCCGACUAGAGGGGAACGCCUGCAAUUUCAACCAGGCAUUACUUAAAUUCAGAGGCUCGUACGCGAGUGUCAGGGUGGAAAGUUCUGCUGCGGAAAACGUCUAACAACAAUUGAGUAGUCGUCUUAAAAGAGAGUCAAGGUUCUUGCUAAGCAGAUCAGUCAUGCGUUCACAGCUGACGCGUGCUGUGAUCUCCGCCACCUAAAGUGUACAGUCCAUCUGAAAAAAGCGGGUCAUGAGGGAACGCUCUUUAAAGUAUCACUGCAAUGCGUGUCUUGUGCCAAAGCUGUAAUCUACUACUGCGGAAUGCAAUUUUCCAUUGAAUCGCCUGUAUUGGCCGUACGCGCAUUGUGCAGAACAUCCUCGUGAUAUUCCGACCAGAAGCGUUUACGGCAACAUGCGUUGGCAUCGAGAAAUUCCGCCUCGCCCCGUCGUCGCCUGCAUUCUGUCAGUUCCGAGCGAGAAGUAUGAGCAAUAAAUACACUGUAGUUUAAAAUCGCCUAAGAAAUUAGCCUAAAAAGGGCAGAGCCACAGUUCAGCAAAUGCAGUCGACUCAGGGAAAAGAGGUCAUCUAAAAACGCCAUCGUCAGCAAUCAAGGUCACUGUGGUAGCUUAAAAGUGGAUGUGCGAAUUAAGGAAACUGAAUAUUUCUUUGAAGGGAUCGGGUUCGCAGAAGUCCGGUUUUUCUCCCUGCGUAUGCAGACUACUUCCAGGUAGAGCAAUGUCUGAGAUGUAAGUACAAUAGCAAGGACGCUGAAGCUUCGUCGCCGUUGGUGACUGUCGAGCUGUCGUUGUCUGUUGCAUUUCUGGGCUUGCGGAGAUGGUAGUUUUUGGAAGGUGGCAUCCUUUUUACAGGAGAUGAGUGAGGGAAGUGUCAUAGGAAGUGUGGAGCUGUUUGGUAUGCGUAUCCUGCGGUCCGUGUCGGAGUGUAGUUUCGCACCUGCUGCAGCAUCAGUCAUUCCCAUGCGCAGAUUGUACGCGCUAUUUAAGUUUUUAAAUGUUAUAUAUGCCCACUUGUUGGAUAUCAUCGGCAGGCAAUAUGUGACGUAUAAAGCGCCUCAAACAUACAUUUUCAUUUCGAUUUUCAAAUUUGUAUUGCGAUUUCUGCCGCAACGUUAGCGGACGCGUCCUGCACUGGUUGUUUUUUAUAUUUUUUAGAUUUGCGGAACUAUGUGUGUGAGACUUGUGGCAAGGCGUUUACGCACAGCGGUUCCCUGAAGAAGCACGUGGAUGUUGUACACAAAAGUACGCCUCCGUUCGCCUGUUCCUGUACUUUAACUUUGUACGGCUGCAAUUCUGCUUAAUCUGUCCGGUCACAACGAUGUCUCGUACUUAACCUCUCCAAGCCUGACUAUCUGGGGCAACGGAUCUGGACAGCUCGGCCAAUUGUCAUCACCAGUGAGGGAGACCGAAUACCGAAGGCCCAAGAUCCAGUUCCACAUUAGGACAAUAUGUGUUGGGAGAGGCUUUGAGUAUACCUCCUCUUCAACACGUCGAGGGAAAGGCUGGGAUGGUGAGGCGGACGACGAAGAACCUACCAAAACUUCCUUGACUGACUUUCUUAGUUGACCUGAUGUGUACUUGCGAUAUUGUCACGGCGAACGCAGACUGCCUGAUUUGAGACGAAGUUGGCGUGCUUCAGUUAAGGGAUGGUUCCUAAGCAACGGGGAACAAAUACGCCCACUUUUUAUCUAUCGUCCAUGCACAAAGGCCUGCAUCGAAGACCGUAGGGAAGGACCGACUGGACUGAUGUACUGUACACGCGGAUCUUCGUGGCGAUAGGGAUGUCGCGUUGGGUCCAGAGGUGUUUUUAGAAAACUGAUAUCACUCCACGAACAUAAUCUAUUCGGGAGACAGUGCCGUCCUUGCUCUGUCCCCGAGAUCUUUUCAGUUUUUAUGGAUAGACUUACUAAGCUAUUGACUUCAUUCGCCCGUGACAACACAGACUGGAGAUCACCAAAGCCUGCGGCCAGGAAGACGUUGUCUUCAGCGUCGUCUAGAUCAGUCAGCCUGCGUGAUGGUGCAAAUUUGAUACCGUCAAAAAACCCGUAGUUCCUUUCCAAGAGUCUAGCCAGUGGCGUCAGGGCGACAGGAUGCGACCGUGUGGAACACUCGAUCUGAUAUCGAACUGUUGGGAGGCCUUCAGUUCACCAUAGUUCAGUGUAUUUAAGGGUAUUCGACAAUGCUUUCGGAGACCCUGUUACAAACAGCACAUGCAAUAUUCCAUUUCAAACAAGCAUCCUACUAAAACGUUGUCAGUAGCAGUUUGCCAAAUAUAUUUGGUCGGUAAUGUUUAACAUGUAAUAAUAGUCAUCCGCACUAACGGUAGGUCUGUGAAAAGUGCUGGGUUGGCGUAACGGAACUUUCCUGUCAAAUUGGGCGGCAUUUUGCCGGUAAAUAUGCAUUCAGUUUUUGUUUAAAUGUGUCUGCUAAGUCUACCGCUAUUACUUCCCCAGGUAGCCCGUCUCACGCAACAAUUACUCGUCGCAAAGACGAGUUCCAUGGAUGUAGGCAACCAUGACGAAAUUCUAGACUACGCCUCAAUGGGAAAAUCUGGUCCGAGCCUCCACGUUCAGCUUGUAAUCCGCCUUAAUUAGGCCUCGGUGGCAAGCAGGAAUACCUAAUGAAGGUUUACGAUCCUUCUGUCAUGGUGCUGUUACCGGACCUUGCCAUACUUUAUGAGGCAUUCGGUGUGCCAAACUAGAGCCCUCCACGUCCUGGUAGUAUUUUGUUUCUGGUUCGCAGUGCUUCGCGGUUAAUCUUCGCUAAGGGUUGUUCCGCUUUACAUACUACUUAUUUUGAUUACUGUGUCCAGACUUGUUGACCACAGUUAUCCAAUUUGCCCGCCAGUGUUUUAAUCCACAAAAAUAUUAUACAGACAAAAUCCGUCUCACUAUUCCGCACAAAUUGCCAUUUGCUUUAUAUCUCGUCCAGUGACGUGACAUAUUCUUGCUAUACAGGAAGGGAUUACAACAGUAUGAGCAGUAUGUCGAUGCCAGUUAGUCUGCCUCUACGUCUGUAGUGUUUACUUCGUACACAAUGGCAUCUGCGACACAGCUAUCAUAAACUGUCCUCGUAGCUAAAUCAUGCAAGUUAACCGCCGUCCUCUUGUCUGUCCGGCGCACGCCAGAAGUCGUGGCUUGGAAGUAUGCCGAUUGAUGGGAUAACCGUGAUGAGCUCUCAGGACUAAGAUUCAGGUUACAAUGGUUCCUUUUUGAUAUGGUCGCUACGGCACUCCCAACGAGAUGCGAUCUGAGGCGUCCACUGGUAUUUCAUAAAAAACCUGGUCCACUGUGUGCGUGCCAGGUCGUGUGUGCACGCGUAAGCGGAUUACUUAGUGCUCUCAGCCACUGAACCCGAUCCCGCCUCCGGUCUUUUCACCUCAGCCUUGGCAGCGAACUGGACUGUUUGAGGGAGGUAAGGGUGCAGUAGAUGCAUUGAAAGUCAGUUUUCACUACAAACUUAUUCACUCGCAAAUCGUCACCCACGCGCCCACCCUGCUGUACGGCACGUGGUGGACAUGGAUGAAGUUGACGUUGAAGCCGUCAGUCUUUCUUUUUUUUCCAGAUCUGCAGGAGUGUGCAUGCGAAAUCUGUGGCAAAACGUUUACGCACAGGAGCAACCUGAAGAACCAUGUGGACGUUAUACACAAUAGUACGCCUACUUUCUUCUGUCGAUUUGCGGUUUGCGUCCUUCAAAUAAUCCGUUUUGUUCAUUUCUCUGUCUUUCUAGAAGCUUUUUGUCAACAAAGUCCUGUUAUCAUUUCGUCUUGUUAAUCAGUUUAUGCCUGCUUGCGGUUUCGCCUGCGAAUGCCGAAUUCGAUAGGAAGCCGAUUAAGGCGGAGAGUGCAAUUUGUAUUUUUUCUAAAGCUCAAGUUUUUUUCACUUGAAUUUUUCAGAUCUACGAAAGUACGAAUGCGAGAUCUGCGGUAAGACCUUCGGAUGGAAGGCAAGCCUGAAGGAGCACAUAGACGGAAUCCACAGAGGUACGCUCUUUCCCUCUUACGGGUUAAAGCUCGCGUUUUUCAUCAAAUUAUAUGCAGUAUUCAGCAAGUACUUCGUGUUUUGCUUUGGGGGCUGUAAACAGAGCAUUGUCAAGGCUAUAUUCAACUAGUUUCCUUAAUCAGAGGAGGAAACACGAAUUAACUUAUGCGACUUGUCACCUCCAGAUACAGCUUUAUCAGAUUCAUCUUUGUCUGUUAAUUAAACGGGACGAAACAACGGAUAGUUUCAGGUGUUAUUUACUUGGAAACGUGUUGUUAGUACUUGGACGUGUUUAUUGCAAGCUUCCCCAUCCGAUUGCCUGUGUCAGAUUGCGCUCUCACCUCUGUAGCGGCCUUAGCCAUUGCCAUACAAAGCUUGCGGGCCUUAUUGGAAUUGUUUAAAUUUCGUGUAUACCGCUCGCCAGUUGUCCUCAGUAGACCGUCCCUAGUGUGUAAACUGCUUCAAAACGUACACUUUUCACAUCAAUUAUAAAACAUGGUAUAAACAUUGCUUCUGGGAAUUCGCGGACAUUUCCUGCACUAAGUGGAUGUUUUUUAUACUUUUCAGAUUUGCGGAACUAUGUGUGUGAGACUUGUGGCAAGGCGUUUACGCACAGCGGUUCCCUGAAGAAGCACGUGGAUGUUGUUCACAAAAGUAAGCUUCCCUUCACCUGCUCUCGUACUUUCAAUUGGUAAGGCUGUUAUCAUGCCUGAUCUGUCCGCCCUGUCAUCUCCAGUGAGGGCGACCAUACGCCGUAGGCUCAGAACUGCUUCCAUGUCUUAUUGAACUGUGUCGAGGCAGGUCCUGAGUAUACCUCCUCUUCGCCACCUCCAGAGCAGGGGGCUGGGGUAGCAGCGAAUCGAGGGUGGCAACAGAGAGCACAUGAGGCGGACGACGAAGAACAUGCCGAAACUUCUUUAGCUGUCUUUCUUGGCUGGCGAUACCACCUUGCGAUAUUGUCAUGGCGAUCGCAGACUGCCUGUUUUGAGGUGAAGUCGGUUUACUUCUAUUGAAGAAUAAUUUCCAGGCAGGGGAUCAAAUGCCUCCAGUUUUCGCCCAUUCAUGCGCAAUGUCCAGCAUUGACAGCCUCAGCGGAGGACUGACCAGACGGAUGCACUGCACACACGCAGUUUCGCGGCGAUAGAGAUGUCACAUCGGGUCCAUGGGUACUGUCUAAGGAUUGAAAAAAGCCUGCGGGCAAGACCGAUUUUGGAGACAGUGUCGUUGAGUGGAUAGCAGCCUCCUCUGUAGAUAUUUGAAACUAUCUACUUUUCAAAGAUGACAGUCAGUAAUCGCGAUGGACACCUUAUUCUGGUCGGGAAUUCAGCUUGAAAACAAAUUGAUCUUCACGGCAUUUACUGAUAAACCGACCGACGUAGUGACCUUAUUCGUCCACGGCACCACAGACUGUAGGUCACCAAAGUUCGAGGCUAGCAGUGUGAUCGUCGGCUUAGCCUAUAUCAAUCGGCGGGCGUUCGGUUGCGAACUCAACGCCAUGGAAUCCAUGUAGGAUCCCCUUUAGAGAAUCCAGUCAGUGUUGUAGUUGGGUAUAGUGAGCGGCAGAAUGCGACCUUGUUGAACACCGGUUUGGAUAUCGAAUGGUUAGUUUAGGUUUUUAUGGAAGAGAACUCACACAAUGUUGCGGCGAUGGUAUGUCAUGGUUCUGCAGAUGAUUUUAGCUGGCACACCAUCUUCCUCCAUAAUUCUUUUUAGGGACUCUUGAUGGGCGCACUCAAACGCAGGGUCGAAGUCAGAAAGGCAGACGACCGUCGGUUGCUGGUAGGCAUGACGGAAUUUCAGAAUGCGCUUAAGCUUAAAUGACUGGUCCGCACAUCCACAGCCAGCUGGGGAUCCGUUUUGGUCUGGCCUUGUCCUGCAGUCUCGCACAGCCUGACAUCGCCUGAAAAGGACAACAGUGAGGAUCCUCGCAGCAACUUAGAUGAAGCGGUCCUUCUUGCAAUAAGGGUUAUUUGCUUUCUCGAGGACAGGGGCAAGGAUGCCUGUGCCUAGUCAUGUGGAACGUCCUCAUCUCCCCACGCUUGGUCAACCACCAUAUGGAUCCAGGGCGCCAGAGUUUCGGCACAAGACUGGCAGAUUUCGAUGGGAUUUUAUACAUUUUAUCAGGCAGUUGGCAUUCCAGACCCCGGCUCUGCGCCCCGUUGUAUUGUCGCAGCAGAUCCGCUAUUGCUUAUUCGCCAGACCUGUGAGACUGCUUAUUUUAAGGCUACCCCAUGUGAGUGGCCUUUGCACCAUCCCGUACAUGCGGGCUCAUCUUUCAUGCCCAAAACCCAGGUUGGACACCGGCAGAGUAUACUCAAUUCUGGGAGUAGACCGAAACUUAGACAGUGAUGGGACGGAGAGUGUGGUCAAUGCAGCCGAAGUCUGCUACCCCUACCAGUUAUCUUAGUAGCCAGUUACUUUCCCUGUGGCCAUCCUCAGUGGGGUACACGGAGUGCAUCUUUGGAAUCGAUGGUCAAUCUGUCUUUAUCUGUUUGUCUCUUUUCAGAUCUAGAAGAAUGUGCAUGUGAAAUUUGUGGGAAAACGUUCACGCACAUGAACACCCUGAAGAACCACGUGGACGUUAUACACAAAAGUACGCUUUCUUUUGCUCGAUGAUCUACUAUUUGCGUCCUUCAUUUAGUCCUGCUUGUAAACCUCUGUCUUUCUUGGACCACCUAACCAACCACAUCCUGACAACAAUAUUUAAUACUUUUUAUCGGUCAGUAUAUGCCUCUUUUCGGUUCCGCUUGGGAAAGCCGUAUUCGUAGGUGGACGAAUGUAGCGCAGAGUGCAAUGUGUAUUUCUUCAACCCAAGCCGUUUUUACUUGACUUUUUUUCAGAUCUGCGAAAGUUUGUAUGCGAGAUCUGCGGUAAGGCCUUUGGAUGGAAGGCAAGUCUGAAGGAGCACAUAGACGGCAUCCACAGAGGUACACCCCUUUGCCUCCCACUGUUUUACCGUCCUCGCUCUUCGUUCAAUUCUGUUCUGCACGCAUUUCAUGAUUUGCGUUAAGGGUGGUAGAUGGAGCAUUGUCUCGGUUAUAUCUGAUACCGGCUUCCAUAUUUAGGCACCUGAUAGAUAUGGUCGUAGACGAGGAGUUACCAAUUAAUUUUUAAGAUUUGUCACCUUCAGAUUCGGCAUUGCAAGAUGCUUCUGUGUAUAGGCCAAUUUGAAGUGAGCGGAAGUACAAAUGCUUCCGGCUGUUAUUUCCUUCGAAAGCUGUGUUGCUAGUAUACUUAGUCGUGUUUUUCGCCAGUCCCUUUAUCUCAUUAAGUAAUGACGUAGGGUUUCGAUGCCCAUUGCACGGGGGAUCCUGCCCUGGACCGUUAUUUGUUGUCCGUGUCCAAUGCCCUUGUUUAAAUGUGAUCGGACGUGCUAUUGUUCAAUAGGGAGACUAAUCAUUAAUAAUUUAUAGCCACUCCCGUCGGGCACACGAUCGGGCUCCCAUAAAUCCGCACAAGGUUCUUAAAUCUGGUGGUGAGACCGCUACCAACAUCGUUUGGAUCUUACGAUUGACUAUGCCCUUUGUUAUUCGAAGGCAGUAGUGGUCUACAACUCUCAAGCAAAGUAAGCAGUGGAUAAAGAGAAACAUUCUUUGGCACAGUGCUGUCGCGUAGAAGAAGGCAUGGUCACUAGAAUAAGAGCUUUAUUCGCUUAACGUCUGGAUUUACAUUCGAAUCCAUGUUUAGACAGAGAUUCAGAUAGAAUUUUGGUGUCUGAAGGAGUGCGCCGUCUCAAGACCUUUGUUUUUACGUUUUACUUCUGGAUUUACUGUGUCCAGACUUACAAAAUAUAGUCCAGAUUGACCGUCCAAAUGAUUUGUGAAGUAUUUCUACCAGUGGUUUUGUCCACGAAUAAUAUUUAGACAAAAUCAGUCCUACUGUUGCAUGCAAAAUUCCAUUUCCUGUAUGUAACAUUAAACGACGCGAUAUACUCCUUCUAUACAGGAAGGGGUUGCAAUAGUAUGAUCAGCGGACAAACUCUCUUGCAGUUUGCCGAUGCCAGUUAAUCUAUCUCUACGUCUGUAGCGUUCUUUUCGUACUCAAAGGCACCUAAGAUACAGAGUUAGAGUAAGUUGUUCUCAUGGCUAAAUCAUGCCAGUUAAUCGCCUUCCUCUUGUCUGUCCGUUGCGCGCCAAAAGUCGUGGCUUGGAAGUCUGCCGAUCGAUGGGAUAACUGUGAUCUCUCAAGACUGAGGGUCGGGCUGCAAUGACCCCCACUCUGUCAGCAACUGCACCCGAUCCUGCCUCCGGAGUUUUCGAACCCAUCUUGAAAGCGAACUGGGGUUUCUGGGGGGAGGUGGGGGUGCGUCCGGUGAAGUGCAAGUCUAUUUCCACUACAGACUAAUUCGCCGGCAAGUCGCCGCCCCUGCGGUCAACUCUCUUUGGGAGGCAGGCUGUAAAUGUUUGAAGUCGACGUUUGAACUCUAACCCUUCGUUUGCCAUUUUUCAGGACUGAAACUCUGGGCAUGUGAAAUUUGCGGCAAAGCGUUCACGCACAGGAACACCCUGAAGAACCACGUGGACGUUAUACACAAAAGUACGCUUUCUUUCGUCUGCCGACUUACUGUUAGUGUCGUUCUGACACUUCCUCUGCUACAUCUCUUCGCCUUUCUCGAACUUGCUUGCUAUCGGUGUCCUCCAACAAUAUUGAAUUCUUUUAUAAGUCAAUUUAUUUGCCUGUUUGCGGCUCCGCCGGCGAAUGCCGAAUUUGAUAGGGAGAGGAGUAGGACGGAGAGGGGAGUUUGUAUUGUUUCUGCUGAAUUCGUCUUUGCUUUGCUUUUUUUCAGAUCCGCAAAAGUACGAAUGCGAGAUCUGCGGUAAGGCCUUUGGAUGGAAGGCAAGUCUUAAGGAGCACAUAGACGGCAUCCACAGAGGUACGCCUUCACUCCUCGUGUUCUUCGUUAAAUUGUGUCUGCUAUCCUACAGGCCCUUCAUGACUUGCGUUGGGCGUAGUAGAUGGAGCAUUGUCUAGGUUAUAUCCCAAAUGAAUUUCGUUGUUUAUGUUUUCGAUAUAUAUUGUGGUAGAGGAGGAAACACGAAUUAACAUGUGAAAUUUGUCACCUCCAUAUUCAGCACUACGAGAUGCUUUUGUAGUUUGAGUUUGUUCAGGAUGUAGGCCUGAGAAUUACUAGGUCAUGGUUCAGCUCAUGCAGUCUACUCGGCGAAAAGGGGUCGUUUAAAAUCCCAACCGAAAGCAACCCAGAUCACUGUGGUGCGUGAAUUUAAAGCCAGAGUAUAACAAAGAGUGCACAUGGUUUGCUGUAUGAACCCCGUGGUUUGCGCAAAUCCUGUUUUAUCCUCUUCGUAUGCAGACUACUUUCAGGUAGAGCAGUGUCCGGGGUUUUAAUGCACUAGCAAGGACCCUGAAGGUUCAUCGUCCUUGGCGGUUGUCGAGCUGGCAUUGCCUGUUGCUCGGAAGAUGACGCUAUUUUCACAGAAGAAUAAUAUGGGCAGUGUCGUCGAAGGGAUGGAAUGGUUCUAUAUGCGCGUCUUGCAGCCUGUCUCAGAGUCUGCUUUCGCCUCUGCUACAGUAGAGCCAUUCCCCUGUGGAAGUUUCGCGCACUAUUCGAAUUGUUAAACGUUGUGAAUGCCCACUUGCCGGUUGUUUUUAUUAGGCCCUUCACAGUGUGUGAAAUGCUUCGAACGUGCACAUUUCACAUAGGUUGUCGGUUUACACUGCAAUUGCCUUUGUAAAAUUAGCGGGCAUUUCCCGCACUAAAUGCCUGUUAUUUACACUUUUCAGAGAUGCGGGACUUUGUGUGUGAGACUUGUGGCAAGGCUUUUACGCACAGCGGAUCUCUGAAGAAGCACGUGGAUGUUGUACACAAAAGUACGCUCCUGUUCACCAGCUCCUGUGCUUGCAUUUGGUUCGACUGUGAUUAUGUGGGCACCUGUGUUUGGCUGUUCCAGAGACUGUAUGCGAGUAUAGUUCCGCAGCUUAAGCAUUGUGAUCACAUGAUUUUCAGCACGGCGCGUUCGCCAGAGGCAAAGGUGUAUACACCCUCGAGACGCUAAAGAAUUCCCACUAAGCUCAGAGAUAAUUUGGCAUUUUGAGCCCUGGUCCGUGCGAUCGCUGUUUUUACACGAUAUUAUUGUCUUGAAGGCUUUGCCGUCGUGUUCGGGAGUUGACGGAAAGGAAGGACCGUGAAGCUCUCUGGCUCGAGCCUUCUCAGCACACAAUUGCUGUCUUGUUCCGCUAACCCAGUCACUGCGCGCCGUUUGGGAAAUCUAAGGGUCUCCUUACCCCUCCCCCCUAGUUUGGUGACUUAAGUGAUUACUAUUCGUUACAGGCUGCUUUGUCGGAACCCGAUUUCUGUGCUCAGCCCUCGGUGGGAUGCGUUGCCGAAGUUUUGCGACAUAAAGGCGUCUUUCACGUAGCAUUUUUGAUGCAGAUUAGAGGUGAACUUUUAGGUGUGUGCGAAUGAGAACGUGGUCCGACCCAUGGGCGUAACCGGUUUCCGCACCACGCAUCGAUCUGCUGUCGGGAACCCAUCUUCAAAACUUAGGACUCACCAGUGACUAGUCGAUCUGUUUACCAGGUAAGCAGAUGUUUGUGGUUAUGCAGAAAGCACGUGUUGGUGACAGACGGUGAGAGCUGAUUAGCAAAAUACAGCAUUCUCACACCGUUGUGGCCUCGAGGACAAAGCUCAAAACGGCUAGUGAGGUGACCGUUUGGAGGGUCGCCGGGUCCAGUCCGACCAUUCCAGUCCUCGUCAUCAAUUAGGAGAUCAGGGCAUAUGAGUCUUUUAACUAAUGCUUGUGACUGUGAGGGCAUCUUAAUCGCGCUGUUCGGCAGUCAAUGUUCGGACGUCAGAUAUCUUCAUAAAGUGACCCUUCCAGCCGCUUGUAAACCAUUCGGUCAUUGACUGGUUCCCAUCUAAUCAUUGCACGGUCCGCUUACUCGGAGUGAUAAUCGUCACACUGUGUUUACCAAAAGAGUCGCGUGAACUGUUGUGGCACAGGGUGAAGUGGAUGUUGACGCCCGGGAUCUUUAUUUCCUGAGCGCCCGAUUGGGGAUUUCGGACUUAAGACAGACCGCAAACAUCCACGUUGUACUGAUGAAGGUUACGCCUCGUCAGCCUUUAGAUAUUAGGGUUCAGGAACAUUCGCACAUUCCAGCAUCCACUACUAAGGUUUCGUUCCCGAUUGAGUAGUCCAGCUCACAUACUGUUCGCCCGCAUCACUGGACCAAGUUUGCAGAACGCACCGGUCCCCGCGGACGCAGUAGCAUAGGUCGUUAUGCUGUAGUCGAACAUAUCCGAUGAGGUUCCUUGAAAAUUUUGAGUUAAGACGGGUCCACAACAGUUGCUCGGUUGUUUGUUCGAGGUUAUCUCCUCUAGUGCUGUGGCUCAAAAGCCUAACCGCAAGCCACCGGUAGCAAGCAAACUUAUUUAAUGGCAGUUUCACGGUAGCCAUGUCACAGUGCCAGCGUCGAGCUGUGUGACAUUUUAAAAGGUAGUGCGCGUUUCAGAUCUCAUUCCUGCGCGCCCCUAUUGUAUUGUCGCUGCUGGUCUACGGCUGCUUACUAGUCAGACCUGUGUUGACUGCUUAUUUUACGCCAACCCCUUUCCGGAGGCCGUUCCACUAUCCGGCACAUAUGCUGGAAGCACUUCCAGCAUUCGAUACAUGUGAGCUCUCCGGAUAGUGCUAACGGGUAACCCAUUUUCACACUGGCGGCCCGUUCAUCCACUUGUUUGUCACCAGUUCGGACUUCUCAAAGUUGUCUCCCUUUCAGAACUGCGAAAGUACACUUGCGAGUUUUGUGAGAAGUCCUUCGGAUGGAAGGGAGGUUUGAAGGAGCAUGUGAACUGUGUCCACAAGCGUGAGUUGUCCCUCCUUUGCUGAUUUGCCGCUGCAGCUGCUCAGCAGUUUUGCAUCCAUUGCGUGCGUUUUUGCGAUUUUUUUGUUUUCUGAAAUUUUUUUGACUAAGGAGGAUGUAGCAUCGAUUAUUUGGUAAUAUAUUCUCCAAAUUGCUUAACCCAAUAACGUACGUCGGCAGGCCUACUGCCCUGACUUCCCUUUGGUGAGUCAGCACUUGUAAUUAGUUAAUUUUAGGGUAGGCGCAAUGGGGUACCUCUGUGUCUUGGUGGGUCAGAGCAGGUGAAACUUUGAUUUCGGUUAGCAUUCAAGUAAUGUCUUCCUAGCACUCUCUAUUCGUUAGAAAAUACAUGUUGACUGGGUGCAUGAGAAACAGACGUUUUGUUUCCUUUGAGCAUUACUAUUUGUUUGGUAUUUGCAGGUCUGAAUUAGUGUGCAUAUAGGAGGUUUUAUCCGUGUUGAUCCAUCUGUUUACACUGAAUCACAACGCUACUUUUACGAGGACGUACUUGUAAACUGGUGAGGUCUUUUCACCUGCUUAUUUGGUUCGCUAGGCUCUAGUGAAUUUCAGGGGUAGUCGUGAGUUCGUAAGUUUUGUUUCAGGUGUUCGUUGAUAACACUGAAAUAAGUCACUCGUAAGUCACCAUCCCUGCUGCGUGGACACAGGGUGAACAUCGGCGAAGUGGACGAUGAAACUGUCAGUAUUUGCUUUUUUGCAGAUCUGGAAGAGUGUGUGUGUGAAAUUUGUGGCAAAACUUUCGCGCACAGCGGCUCCCUGAAGAAGCACGUGGACGUUAUACACAAAAGUACGCUUUCUUCCGUCUCCUGAUUUUCUGUUUGUUUCGCGUAGAAAAUUCAUCCCCUACACCUCUCUGUCUUUCAUGAAACUCCUUACCAACGACGUCCUACCAGCAAUAUUGUGCAUUUUCCUAGUCAAUUUAUGACUGUUUGCGGUUCCGCUUGCAAAGGCCACAUUCGAUAUAAAGAUGCUUAAGGCGACGAGCUCGAUUUGUAUAUUUUUUUAAUUUUAAGUCGUUGUUGUUGUUUGACUUUUUUCAGAUCUGCGAAAGUACACAUGCGAGAUCUGCGGUAAGGCCUUCGGAUGGAAGGCAAGUCUGAAGGAGCACAUAGACGGCGUCCACAGAGGUACGCUCUUUCCCCUCCUAUUGGUUUACCGCUCGCGCUCUUCGUCAAGUUCUGUGCUGUGUUCUGCAUUCAAUUCAUGUUUUCCGUUGAGCGUUGUAAAUGGAGCAUGGUCAAAGUGUCUGAAAGCGUGUGCUAUGCCAGUAUCAGUAAACCAUGGCCCUCGCAACCUGGUAUGCGCUGGCGGUUCCCUAAUACCUGGUUCCCUGCCGGUAGAUGUGCUUGCUCUCCCACUGGGUAUACAGGUGGUGGGCAUGGCUGCCCAGUCAUCCUAGUCCUCUGACCCCUGUUAAGGUGUUGUUGUUGUCGGCGAAGAGUCCUGGUCAAGUGUAUGUUGUGGACAAGAGGGUGUGGUGGUACGCCUUGGUGCGGUUCCCGCCGUGACAGCCAACUGCGUCCUCCCCCCGCCUCCGGUCUUCUUGCGUCUGUCUUGACACCGGGUUCAGGUGGGGAGUGCGGAUAAGAGAGUGAGGUAGAUGCUGCGAAAGUCUAAACUCACCAUGAACUAAUUCACGCGCAAGCCACCGUGUCUGCUGCGCACGGUAAGCAUAGUCUGAAUUGACGGUCGAACUGCCAGAUGGAGCAUUGUCUCGGUUAUGUCCGAAACCAUUUUCCUUAAUUAGGCUCCUGAUAAAUAUCGUGGUAGAUGGGGAGGCACGAAUUAACUUGUGCAAUCUGUCAUAUCCAGAUUCAGUACUGCCAUACCCGACAUAUUCUUACUAUACAUGAAGGAUUGCAACAAUAUAAGCAGUAGGCAACCCUUUUUACAGUUUGCUGAUACCAGUUAGUCUGUCCCCACGUGUUUAGUGUCAUUUUCGUAAGCAAUGGCACCUUAGAUACGGAGUUAUUGUAAGCUCUUCUCGUGGCAAUAUCAUACAAGUUUGUCGUCUUCGUCUUGUCUUUCCAGUGCUCUGUGGUGGAUGAGGAUUGACUAAUGAGACUACUUUGCUCUAGGUCUAGGAGUCCGGGGCUAGAUCGCAAUUGGAAGCCAGGCCUCGUACUACAUUUGGCGGGGGGUUUGUUUACUGGGGCUUUUUGUGGGGCUCCAUAAUCACAUCUGACUCAUUUGGCUUCCGUUUUACGUUUGAGGUUAGGAUUAUGGUACCGGUUAAUGGUUUCCGAUUUUGGGUUGGGAUUAUGCCUGUAGGCUUAGGUUUUCGGGUUACGGUUAGGCUUUGAGCGUACGAUUAGGUUUCAGUAUUACGGUUAGAUUUUUCAGUUACGGCUACGGUUACGUUUACGAUUUCGGUUGGGGUUAAGGUCAGGGUUGCCGUUAGGGUUAACGGUUAACGCUUAAGGUUGAAAUUAGGGUUCGGGUUAGGGUUAAGGUCAGGAUUAGGGUUAAGGUCGCCGUCCUCUUACCCAUUCCUGGCUACCAACUGCGAUCUAGCCGAGUCAGGCUUCGAUGGCACCUUGUUAAUGUGGCCCAUAGCUCACUCUCACACAGUCGAAAUCCAUGAAUGCCUGGGCUGCUGUUAUAGGGUUUGGGGUUUCGAGUUGCACUGAGGGAUUAUGGUUAGGGUUUAAGCGUCGGGUAAGGGGUUAGACUUAGGCUAUAUGGUUAAGGAUUAGGGGUUAAGUUUACUACUCAAUGCUAGGUUUAGUGUUAGGGGUUUGGGUUGUGGCUAGGUUUAGUGGUCAGAGGUGCUUAGGUCUAGAAUUUAGGGCGGUUAGUGUUAGUGGUUAGGGGUUGCGGAGUUUGGGUUUAGUGUUUGAGAUUAAGUGGUUUGUGCCAGGGUUGGAGUUUAGAAUUAACGCUAGUUGCUAGGGCCUAAAAGUGAAGGUUGGGGAUUAGGUUUAGAGUUGGGGUCAGCGAUGUGUUUAUCUGUCAAAUUUAGGGUUAAGGUUAGGUGUUAGGGUCAUGGCUUGCGGUUAGGAGUUAUCAGUUAGUGUCAGUUUUAUGGGAUGGAGAUAGGUCGAGUUUUAGACUUUUUAGCGUUAGAAAGUAGCGAAAAUUCUCAUGGAGCAACUCAGAAGAGCAUUUGGCGAUCAUACGCAUGCUUUCGAUAAACUCUCAUCGGACCUGUACAUUUAUAUGGGGACGAGGUACAAACUGAAACGUGUGAGCGAUAUGUGCAAUCGAUUAUAGUUCGUCCUCUCAUACAAAGGGGUAUGCGCAUAGAGGUGGGAGGAGGGGGGCAGUGAGGGUUAGGUAGAGCCAUGUCACAAGGGGACGGGGCGCAAAAACAUGCAUCGACCCUUGCCGUCGGCAGACGCCGAGCGUGCAAGAGGUUCUUCUACGCGCACAGGACCGGCCUUUUUAGCCUGAUGACAGUCGCUUCUGCUGUUUCUAGUGCGCGCUGACCCAGUCGCCUAGGAUACUUACAGUAGAUGUUCUAACUCAUGAAAUGUCAACCAAAAUUUCGAAAUGCGUUCUCGUUUCGAAAAGAUAAAUUAAGUAGUGUUGUAAAACUUAUCAGGAUGCAGCAUAACUCUAUAAUGAUCCAGUUACCUCAGGGUGUCGGCUUUCGAAAGGACUUAUUUUCGGCUGCAUGCACGAUCUAUACUCUGCAAAAAAUGACUACUUAUGUAGUAUGCAAUUUUCUCAUUGAUUUUCGAUGUCCUUGAAAAUUCAAUUAUAUUUCAUGGAAAACAUGCAUAAAAAUCUUCAUUCUUUUACUUAUUUGGCAGAAAAUCACGUCUUCUUCCAAUUUCAUACUCAAAAGAAGAGUAUAAUUUAGUUUUAGAAAAGUUUCUAAUUGUGAGAUUUUUUCAUACCGUUAAAUGGCCGUUCAUGAAACGUCAUGUAUCUGCAUUUACCAGUGUGGCUUGUAAAGUUAACAAUAUUGCUCAAAUCCACUGCUUAAUUUUGUGAACCUCAUAUGGUCUCCUCUUAACACCGUAGAGAAAUGCAUGCAAUCAAUUACGGUUCGUCCUCUCACACAAACGGGGUAUGCGCAUAGAGGUGGGAGGAGGGGGGCAGUGAGUGGCAGCGAGGGUUGGGUAGAGCCAUGUCACAAGGGGACGGGCGCAAAAACAUGCAUGGACCCUUGCCGUCGGCAGACGCCGAGCGUGCAAGAGGUUCUUCUGCGCGCACAGGACCGGCCUCUUUAGCCUGAUGGCAGUCGCUUCUGCUGUUUCUAGUGCGCGCUGACCUACUCGCUUAGGAUAGUUAGGUGGGACCUUUUAAAUCACACGGAAAACUCCGUUAGAAUCUACUCGAUGCCCAGAAUCAACCAUGUGUGCGAGGAUGAAGCUGUGUAUGUUCUUAACUUUUAAGGUUAGGUUUGUUAUUAUUGUUAGGGGUGAGGGUUAGUUUUAGGGCCUACAAUCAAUAUUCGAGCUGGGCCUAGGGUUCGAGUUUAGAUUUUGGGAUAAGGGUUAGGAGGAUUCAUUUAUAGGCUGGCUGUUUAGGUGGCUUCGUGUAUGGGCUUAUCUGUACUGUUAAGUGUACAUCUAGAUUGCUUGACUAUGGGCUUCCUGACUAAUUCCGUUUUUAUUGUAAGGGCGUCGGUUCCAACAUCUUGAUAUGCGCUGGGGCAUUUCUAAAAUCUGACGUCACUUUUCCUGGGUGGUGCUGAUAGCCAGUAUAUUUGCCGUGAACGGUGCAACUGACUUACAUAGUCCCCCUAAACAGGACACGAGAAUAGGAACUCCCCGCCCAAGUCACUCGCUGGUUGUCCUCAGUAGGUUAUUCGCCGCGUGCAAAGCGCCUCAAACACACAUUUUCCACAUCGAAUGUCAAACCUCGUAUUACAUUUUUCGUAGCGAAAUUUAGCGGACAUUUCCCGCACUAAAUGAGCGUUAUUUGUAUUUUUCAGAGUUGCGAGACUACGUGUGUGAGAUUUGUGGCAAGGCGUUUACGCACAGCGGUUCCCUGAAGAAGCACGUGGAUGUUGUACACAAAAGUACGCUUCUGUUCACCUGCUCUUGUACAUUGACUUUGUACGGCUGCAAUUCUGUUUGAUCUGUACGGCCUUGGUGAUGUCUCGUAUUGUAACUCUCCGUGCGUGACAAUCUAUGGCAUUGGAUCUGGAUAUCUAGGUCAGUUGUCAUCUCCAGUGGGGGAGACUAAAUACCAAAGAUCCAAGAACCACUUCCAUGUCUUGAUGAACUGCCUCGGGGCAGGUCUCGAUCUUACCUCUUCGACACCUCCAAGGGAGGGAAUUGGGUGGCACCGAAUCGAGGGCAGCAACGGAGAGCUCGUGGGACGGAAGACGAAGAAUGUGGCGAAACCACCUUGCGAUAUUGUAACGGCGAGCGCAGACUGCCCGUUUUGAGGUGAAGUCGGUUUACUUCUAUUGAAGAAUAAUUUCCAGGCAGGGGAUCAAAUGCCUCCAGUUUUCGCCCAUUCAUGCGCAAAGUCCAGCAUUGACAGCCUCAGGAGAGGACUAACCAGACGGAUGCACUGCACACACGAAGUUUCGUGGCGAUAGAGAUAUCACAUAGGGUCCAUGGGCACUAUCUCAGGAUUGAGAAGAGCCUGCAGACAAGACCGAUUCGUGAGACAGUGUCGUUGGUUGGGUAGCAGCCUCAAUCGGUUGUACUUAAAAUUAUCUACUUUUUCAAAUUAACAGUCAGUAAUCGUGAUGGACACCUUCCUCUGGUCGGGAAUGCAGCUCGAAAACAAACUGAUCUUCACGGCAUUUACGGAUAAACCGACCGAAGUAGUGACCUUAUUCGCUCACGGCACCACAGACCGUAGGUCACCAAAGCUCGAGGCUAGCUGUGUGAUCGUCGGCUUGGCAUCUAUCGAUCGGCGAGUGUUUGGUUGCGAACUCAACGCCAUGAAAUCCAUGUAGGAUCCCCUUCAGUCAGUGUUGCAGUUGAGUAUAGUGAGCGGUAGGAUGAGACCUUGUUGAACACCGGUUUGGAUAUCGAAUGGUUAUUUUAGGUUUUUAUGGACGAGAACUCACAAAGUGGUGCAGCGGAACUAUACCUUGAUUAUGCGGAUGAUUCUAGCUGCACACAAUUUAGUUUAAUUUUUCGCCGCAGGGACUUACGGUGAACGGAAUCAAACGCAGCGGCGGAGUCGACAAAGCAGACAGCCGUCGGUUGGUGGUAGGCAUGACGGAUUUUCAGCAUGCGCCUAAGCGUAAGUAACUGGUUCGCGCAUCCACACCUGGUUCUUGAUCCGUCUUAGUUUGGCCUAUUCCUACAGUCUUGCAGAGGAUGAGAUCGCCUGAAAAGGUCCACAGUGACGACCAUCGCAGCAACAUCAAUGAGGCUUAUGUCGCGGGGGCAUUUGUGCUUGGUCUUAUCUCCCAUUUGAGAACGGGGCCGUGCCUAGUCAUGGAGAACGUCCUCAUCGCCAUAUGAAACCAGGGCGCCGGAGUUUCGACACAAGGCUUGUAGAAUUCAGGACGAUUUGAUACACUUCAUUAGGUAGUUAGCAUUCCUGAUCUCAGCUCUGCACACCCUCGUUGUAUUGUCGCUGCUGGUCCGCAAGUGCUUAUUCACCAGACCUGUGAGACUGCUUAUUUUAUGGAUAACUUUUGCUGGAAGCUGUUCCUUUACUCAACACAUGUGGUCUCGCCGUGUGCUGAGCAGUUGGGCUAAUGGGUUACCUGGUCUACCACUGGUUACCUGCUUGUUUGUUACUAAUUCGGACCCCUUAAACUCGUCUCCCUUUCAGAACUGCGAAAGUACACGUGCGAGGUUUGUCAGAAGCCCUUUGGAUGGAAGGGAGCUUUGAAGGAACACGUGAUCGGUGUCCACAAGCGUGAGUUGCCCUUUGCCGACUUUCCGCUCCAGAUUUUCGGAGUUUUGCUUUCAUCGCGUGCGUUUUUAAGCUUUUUUGAUUUGAAAAUUUAUUUGGCCGAGGAGGAUGCUGCAUCGGUUAUUUGGUGAAUGGGCUUUCCGAAUAGGUUAAUCCAAAAAUUUAUGGUAGCAGGCCUAGGGACCUGACUUCCCCUUGGUAAGUCAGCACUUGUAUUUAGUUAAUUGUAAGGUAGGUGCGAUGGGAGGUCUCUGUGUCUUGCUGGAUCAGAGCGAGUGAAACUUUGAUUUCGUUUAAAAUUCAAUUCAUUUGGAAGUGGAUUUUAUGUGAUGUAAAAGUAAUGCUGAUAGCUACGCAUUUUAUUCAAUAAACUGAGUGAUAUCUGGGUCGGAUGUGGGUUGGUAGCCCCACCUGAGGUAAGCAAACCCCAGUCACCUCGGUAAGAUGUGGUUUGGCAUCCCCAUCUGAUGCACACAAUACUAUUGUGGUUAGGGUCAAGGGUUAGGGUUAAGAGUUAGGGCUAGGGGCUAUGGUUCGGAGAUAUGGGUAGGGUUAGGGGUUAGCGCAACUAUUUCUCACCCAUUCAAAGUACAACUGCACAUUCCCAAUAGGAUUUCUUUUGCAUACAACCACUUGACCUCGUCGCCUGUGCAUUCCCCGGUCCUACAUGCAAAAAACCCUAUUACCACCGGUCCCGUAUUAGAGGUGACGGUUAGAUCUUAUUUCGUAGCCAUAUCUGCUGGGGGUUAUGGUUAGAAGUUAGGGGUCAGGGGUUAGACUGGGGCUUGUCUACUGCAGGCACGGCUACGAAAUAAGACCUAACCAUUUGCCGACAGUCUAGUAAACCGCCAAAGAAACUUGAAUUCCCCAUAUCCGGUUAUAAGGACCUACUUGACAGGGGAUAUGGCAAGAUCCUAGUUCGUAGCCGUGCCUGCAGUAGACAAGCCCCAACCUAACUCCUGACCCCAACCCCUAACUUCUAACCCUAACCCCCAGCAGAUAUGGCUACGAAAUAAGAUCUUGCCAUAUCUCCUGUCAAGUAGGUCCUUAUAACCAGAUAUGUGGAAUUCAAGAUUCUUUGGCGGUCUAUUAGACAGUCGGUGGACAUCCAGGCUUCCUGCGCCUGCCUUGAUUUCGGAUCAUUACCUCGGUCCACAAUCUCAACGACGUCAAAGCUGCGGAUGCGUCUCUUUCCCUUGAGGGGGGAGUCAGUCUUCAAUAUCUGUUCCUGAGUUUUUUUUCUUAGUGACUGGAGAGGAGUUUGUGAACCAAACAUCGUCGAUACUGCCGGAGAGUGUAAACGCCCAGUCAAUAAAAUAAAGUUCAUUCUUCAUCUGCUUAAAAUCGCCAAGUCAAAUAUUUGGUCGGAGAUUAGGCGAUUGGACGGGCAACGAGAACAGGGUGUAUUCUCACAUCUGGCCUUAUGGAAGUAGGCAGUUCAACAACUUUCAUGCCGUCAGGCGACCCCGUGGACAAAAGGUCGAAGCGGCUCAUCUGCUGGCCCGCAAGGAAUGUAGUCCAAAACACGAGGCGUUGGGUGAGAAGCGAGUGGCCACUAGAACUCAGAAGCUGCUGGUCGAAUGCAGUUUCGGAGCAGUCGGUGUAUUCCGAGUUCCACUCAGUGUUGGGAGCAUUAAAGCUCUCAACUAUGAGAAUAUUCGACCGCGUAGUAAAUACCUAGAGCCCUUCCUACAGUCGGGCAUUAAUUUCGAUCAUUUUGUGAGAAAGGGGGAGGAGGGUGAUCGAUGCAUCGUUAUGAUAUGGCGACCCGCAAGAUGUACGGACUAUGUGCAUGGUUACCCGGUGACUUGCUAGUUAAAGCCCUGGUCAAGUGUUUGUUGUAGGCUAGGGAGUGUGGUGGCACGGCUAGGUGCGUGUCCGACCGCCCCAGCCCCCUGAGCCCUCUUCCGCCUUCGGUCUUCUUGACUCUGGCCUGACACCGGGUUCAGGCGACAGAGGAGUGGAGAGCGGUAGAUUCUGUGCAAGCCUACUAUCACUGUAAACUAAUUCACGAACAAGUUACCGCGACUGUUCCCACCUUGCUGUGGAGUACGCGGUGGACAUCGUCGGCAACGACGGUCUAAUUGUCAUGAGAUGGAGGCUUGGCCAACCCGCCGCCCAUCUGGUCAACCAUACAGCAGUUUUUGGUGAAAAAUACGACCAUUCUUUACGGACCUAAAUAUUAACUCCGUCCGUUCGGUUUUGUCUGUCUUUGCGUAACACUUGAAAUCCAGGCAAUGCAUUCUCCUGUCCUCAACCUGUUUGGUCAACCAUGUUUCUGUUACGAAGACGUCCGAAGAGAGAUCACUGGUAUGCGUACGUAGUUCGUAAAUUUUUGAGAGCACACUGUGACUACGACUGUGAUUUGGGAGUUAAUACCAGAUUCGUUUACAAUCCCGACACUGUCUAAGGGAAUAGCUGAACGGUCAUUCAGACCAGUUUGUUUCAGAGGUAGGCAGAAUGGCCUCCUAUUAUCAGGUCUUUCUAAAUUACCGGCUUCUGUUUUCCUUUGGUCCUCCGUUUUCUCACUGAGCAUUGGCAGGUAUGCCUGUGAUUUGGGAGUUCUUGCGAGAUUUUGAGGGCACACUGUGACUACGACUGUGAUUUGGGAGUUAAUACCAGAUUCGUUUACAAUCUCGACACUGUCUAAGGGAAUAGCUGAACGGUCAUUCGGAAUAGCUUGUUUCAGAGGGAGGCAGGAUGGCGUUCUAUUAUCAGGUCUUUCUAAAUUAUCGGCUUCUGCUCUCUGUUAGUUCUCCGUUUUCUCAGUUCUAGAACUAGUUCACAGUGUCUCACUCUUUCUGCAGGGUGGGUUGUCCGACUGGAAAAAGUGCCCGUUCUGGAAUACUUUAGUUGAAUAUUCCCGUAAAGGAUUAGUUUCAUCUGUUCUUUGCUACCUAGAGCGAUUUUUAGUGGUCAUAUCUGCGUAGUGACAUUUAAACGGCCUCCAAAACGAAGGGCCUUUUAAAUGGUGACUUCUUCCGAUGGUUGAAGCGUUUCAUAGAGGGCUACCGCAAUAGCACCGAGGCUGCAGUAAUUUGUUCCUCGAGGUUGCAGGUGUGGAACUCCGACAGUCCCUGAAUGAAAAUGCACCCGCCCUUGCCGGGCAUUCCUCACUUUUAUGCUGAUUGGUCAUCGUCGGUUGGUACUAGAACUCUGUUGUUGUGGGCUGGCGAUAGGGAGACGACUACGCCCUCGGGGCAUUUUUCACUGUGCACUUCGUCUGUGGUUUCUGCUGAGACGCCUUGGGUAACUUUGCAUUGUGACCCAUGUGCAAUGCCUCUAUUCAGACGGCUCUGCGUAGUAGUUGACUUUUCCGAGGUUGUGGCUUCUGCGCCCUGGAGCUUCAAGUCGGUCGAAACGGCAAAUCGUAGGGGCAGCUACUUCCACCCUGGGUCCACUGCCCCUAUGUUUUCGCACUGGUUGACAUCCCCUCUAUAGUAGGCUCGGAAGAUGCGCGCAUUGUAUGAGCACUGUCUUCAUCGAGCAGUAUGUGGUGCAUUUCUUUUGCUUCUUUUAUCGGCACACUUUUGUCAGUUUCCAUGUAUGUUUAGGAUUUCAUUUCGCGUGAGUCUGACACCUUCCCCUUCGGAUCCUAGCGACCUUUUCCUGUGGUCCUUCCUGCCGCCAUUUUCUUAUUCCUCUGCACUUCCAGAAGUCCUUCCUGACUACUUUCUAUGAGUAUCUUGCACACCACAUGUUACCCUUCUGAAGAUACGUAACACACUGUGCUCAUUUAUCUAGUUGAUUUAACUUCGAGGCUGACAUUUGACAAUCAUUACAAGAAUUUUUUACUUCUACAGAGUUCUCUCUGUAGGUAGUGACUUCAUAACUUCAGACAACAUGUCGAAAAUGAACUUCUCCCAGCGAACGCCACUUCUUAUGACCCGAUUAUGUACCAUGUAACUCCGUUUGAGCAAUGCCGUGACUUACAGCAGUUGCAAGACGACUAAGAACGGGGUUACGUGUGGACGAUCUAACUACACGUUCAUUUGUCGUAGUCUGUAGUUAUAGUGUGCUGAAAAUCCCCUGUUGAACACCUAUUUACUAAGUGUUACUCCUCCCGAUCUGAUCUGAUCUAAAAUCGUUGUAGGGAUUGAUGGACCAGUCCCGGAUGAGGUCAUGCAGGGCAACGCCUGA